CGUGAUGGUGGAGGAACUUCAUCGAUCUCAUGUCCUAUGCUUACAACAACCAAUUAUACAGUAUGGGCCAUGAAGAUGAUGAUUACUCUCAAAGUUCACAAGGUGUGGGAGAUCGUAGAAGCAGAAGCCAAGAACAAAGAGAAGAAUAAUAUGGCUAUCGCCUUGCUGUUCCAAUCAAUUCCCGAAACACUUGUUUUACAAGUUGGUGCACUCGACUCAGCAAAGAAGAUAUGGGAUUCAAUCAAAACUAGAUAUGUUGGUGCUGAUCGAGUCAAAGAGGCUAGGUUACAAACCUUGAUGUCUGACUUUGUACGCCUCAAGAUGAAGGACAACGAGAAGGUUGAUGAUCUUGCUAGUCGACUAGCUGAAAUCUCCUCCAAAUCUGCUUCCUUGGGUACAACCAUUGAAGAGCCCAAAUUGGUCAAGAAAUUUCUCAAGUGUCUUCCUCGGAGAAAAUACAUUCAUAUAGUUGCAACACUAGAACAAGUGUUAGACCUUAACACUACAAGUCUUGAGGACAUUAUUGGUAGAAUAAAGGCGUAUGAAGAACGUAUUUUUGAGGAAGAAGAGAAUCAAGAGGACCAAGGCAAGUUGAUGUGGAACAGAGGACGAGGGCGUGGUGGACGCUAUAAUGGGGUCAGAGACACUUCGAAAGUAACGUGUUACCGCUGCGACAAGCUUGGUCAUUAUGCAUCAAGCUGUCCCGAUCGUCUCCUUAAGUUGCAAGAAACACAAGAGGAUGAGACCAACAACACGGAAGAAGCAGAUCAACUUAUGGUUCACGAGGUUGUAUACUUGAAUGAGAAAAAUUGCUUACCCAGCAAUUAUGACACAACCAUGAACAAUGAGUAUAUUUGGUACCUCGACAACGGAGCAAGCAAUCACAUGACGGGUGAUAGGAGAUAUUUUACUAAACUUGACAAUAUGAUUGCAGGAAAAGUACGUUUUGGAGAUGAUUCACGCAUUGAUAUCAAAGGAAAGGGUUCGAUUGCUUUCAUUGACAUGAAUGGAGAACCGAGGACAAUGCCAAACGUUUACUACAUCUCGGACUUAAGAAGCAACAUCAUCAGCUUAGGACAAGCCACAUAA